GGGGCGCGCCGUUAAAUGGCGCUGUUAAUUUCGACGAGCUGCGUUGGUCGUCCGACUCCCUGGAAAUCCGUGAGACCGCGGCAGCGGGUAAACACGCCGUCGCAACCAGGGAAAUACAUCCGGGCGAUAUUCUGGUAGUCGAGCCACCGCUGGCGGGUUGUCUCCUACCCGAAUUCUAUGGCACCCAUUGUCAGCAUUGUUACUCGAGACUAAGAGCGCCGGUCGGAUGCCCCGACUGCAGCAGCGUCGCUUUCUGCGGCGGAAAGUGCAGAGACGCCGCGAUGGCGACGUAUCACAAGUACGAGUGCAAAAUCUUGGCCCUGUUGAUAGGCUCCGGCAUGAGCGUGCUUAGCAUGCUCGCCUUUCGGAUGGUGACGCAGGAGGGUCUGUACAAGUGUUUGAGGAUCCACGAGGAGCUGAGGAAGAAGAGUGGGUGCGCCGGCGAAAAGGCCGCGACGCCUUCGGCGACGACGCCGGAUAUACACGACGCGAAGUCGCCGAGCAGGUCGGCCAGGAGGAGAAUCAGACGGAGGAAACUGAGGGAAGGUAGGCGAAGUGAGGGGAUUACCGCGACGACGACGAAGCGGGAGAAAGUGGAGGAAGAAGAAGAGGAGGGGGAGGACGAGAAGGAGACGAAGGAGCACGACGAGGAGAAGGUGGGUACAAUGAAGUCCCGCGGGAACGGGAGCGCCGGCGAUGAGAGCGUCGACGCGGGACCAUACAAUUUGGUGACGCACCAGGACAGACGGACGAGCAAAGACUUCCUGGAGAGAUCGCUGAUGGCGGCCUUCCUACUCAAGUGCCUGCAGAGAGUCGGCUUUUUCGCUCGCCCCACGCCGGAUGACGAGGUCCCAGACGCCGACGAGAUCACCGUGGCCGCCCUGCUGCUGAGGAACCUCCAGCUGCUCCAAUUUAACGCCCACGAGUUCUUCGAGACGCGGCUAAGCGCGCAGCAUCGAUUCCGCGGCAGCCGACCGGUCUACCUCGGCGUGGCAAUUUACCCGACGGUCGCCCGUUUCAAUCACGACUGCUACCCCGCGGUGACGAGAUACUUCGUCGGCCGGCACAUUGUAAUAAGGGCGACUCGCGGUCUGCAGCCGGGUGACGUUAUUGCCGAAAACUACGGGCCGAUAUUCACCAAGAGGACCCUCGCCGAGCGUCAAAGGACACUGGCCGCGAGAUAUUGGUUCCGCUGCACAUGUAAAGCCUGCCAGGAGGACUGGCCGCGCUUUGAGAAUCUGACAAACGACUCCGCGAGGCUGAGGUGUCCCACGCCGGGAUGCGGCAGAUUGCAUUCGCGAACGCAGCAGCAGCCGAGUAAGCUGAUAAAAUGUCCGGGCUGUCAAAAGAAAAUCUGCUUGGAGGAUCGGCUGGCAUACCUGCGGGAGUGUGAGGAGCUUUACGGCCGCGGUCUGGGGAGCAUGGAGGACGAGCGAGUGGGCGAUGCGAUCGGGACGCUGCGCGACGCCCUGAAGAGAUUUCACCAAGUCGCCUGUCCACCGCACAGGGACACGCACCUCGCCGAAAUUGCUUUAAGCUCCUGUAUGGCUGACUCCGGGAAUACUUGGAGGCCGGCGACGGUGCUUUGAGCACGCCGGAUGACGACGAGGAGGUGGAGAGAGGACGCGUGCGGAUGGGAGGGUGAAGAAGGAAGAGGAAGCCGUACGCACACUCGCACGGUGCUUGCGCUCCUGUAAGCACGAGCGCGCGCGAUAUCCCCGCGAAUAAAAGACCAGCGGCGCGGCGUUUGAUCGCGGCGGAUGGCAAUUUUACAAGCCGAGAGGGGGGAGCGGGGAAUUUUCGAGCCAAGCGAGAGGGACGUUAUCUUUAUCGCCCGUUGCGAGAUCGCCGAUUCACGCGCUGACAUGAUAAAGCUCGUCGAGGAACAAUGGGACAAAAAGAGACGGCCGUCCGCUCGCGAACGGCGCGAUUUCGCGCUCACCACCUCGCCACCUUGCUGCAAACACACGCAUACUGUCAUUGAACACACACACCGCCUGUCAUGUAUACUUUACCAUUUUCGAGGCUAAAAGUCACGCAAUUUUCUGCCUUACACAUGGGACAGGCAGGGGCUUAUUGGCACACUUUUACAUGUUUUUUCUUUAUAUAUUAAUUGGAAAAAGAUACUCGAAAUAUUUCGCAAUAUCAUAUACAUUUUAAUGUAACUAACUUUAGUUUCUAGGAAAAAAUAAAACUUUAAUGUAACAUC